AUGAAGCCCUUGCUCAUACAGGAAUAUAAGAAGAAGCAUGGGAUCACGAGUUUAUAUCCCGAAGCUUUUCUAUAUUACGGGCUUCGAGGAACGGACGUUCUGUGGAGCAAUUCGUUCUCACAUCUAACGUUUACAAGAAAUACAUCUGAUUAUACAGUACUUACGAAAAUAUACGGAGAUAGUGGUAACAUUUCAUUUUGGACUAAAUUGUGGAAUCCUGACGAUGAGAAAAAGGGAGAGGCUUAUAUAUUGCUCACCGUUUUACCAAUUCCCGCUUCUGCCGAAAUUAUAGCUGAAGACUGGGCCGCAGGAGUUGAAUUAGCGUUUUCUAAUUCCGGUAGUCGUCAAACGUUUCCGGCGCACGACGAAGAUGAAAAUUACGAAAAUAGCCCUGAAAUUUUAAUCGGUACGAAGUGGACGGGUAUAUGGAUAUCGUGGGGUGGCGGUUUCAUUUCUGCUGGCAUCGAAGGAACGAUGAAGCCCUUGCUCAUACAGGAAUAUAAGAAGAAGCAUGGGAUCACGAGUUUAUAUCCCGAAGCUUUUCUAUAUUACGGGCUUCGAGGAACGGACGUUCUGUGGAGCAAUUCGUUCUGUCAGACUCACUGCGAGAUGCAUACAACUUUCGGAAUUGAUUUCUCGAAAGUCUGGGCUUUGCAAAAACACAAUGACACGAUCGACGUUCGGUUUUUCAUUCGCGCCAGCAAUAAAAUUUAUAUUCGUCUGUACCAAACGCCAGUACUCGAGUAUCCUGCUGUCACGGUGAUUAUACCCUUCAAUACAUUUAAUAUUAUUUUUUUAUCGUAUCAAGAAAGCGAAGAAUCCUCCAAACAUUAUUUAAAAGAAAUUUCAGCGAAAGACUUGCUCGACUUUUGGUCGUGGAGAGAAUUCAGCAUCAGCAUUUUCGGUAGUCAUUUUCGCAUAUUUUCGCAAAAGGCCAGAGGCGCCGUCGAAUUAGUGUAUAUGAAUGAAAACUUUCUCGCUAGUUUGAGAUGGUUCAGCAUCGGCAGUGAGAAUACUACAGCCUUUUGGACUCUGUUUUGUUCUCCAGACGAAUCAGACGUUGUAGAAGACCCUUGGCCACCAAACUGCGUGUCUGACGUGAAAGAUUAUCAAUUCGUAGGCUCGCAGUGGACAAGUCACAACGAAGUCCCUUGCGUUCCGUGGAUAUCUAAAGAAGUUCCGGGAGAAGAGAAGAACGAUGAAAAAUUUGUCGAUGGAUCUGCUUUAAAAGCGCUUAAUAAAUGUAGAAAUCCCACUCACGAUCCCGACGGUCCCUAUUGCUACGGAUAUACCCCUUGGCAAACUGAGACCGUUACGAAACGCUAUUGUACGAUUCGCCCGUGUAGAUCAUCGGAAUGUAAAAUGGCUGGUACUGCGAAUGAUUACGUAGGUAAGCUUUCGAAAACGCGAUCCGGACGUGUCUGCGACAAAUGGCCUCUCUCAUCUGAAGAAAUGGCGUCGAAACUUACGCCACCCAAACCUACAGCACCCAAGCCUGCGAGAUCGGCAUUUAUGUCACCAACAUUCGAAACGAUUCACGAGAAUCAGUUGCAAAGAUACUUCUAUGGACCGCAUUAUUUCGCAUUUCCUACGCCCGUCGAACAUAUGAAAGCUCGUUCCGUCCCGUGGAAACCGAAGGGAAUAGGAGGUUCCAAGCAGAUCUCUGGUCGAGAGACCUUUAACAGCAGCAUGUAUCCUGAAGGAAGUGCCACGAACGCGAGCAAUUAUUGUAGAAAUCCAUCACGCAACAUAGCUGGCUCUUGGUGCUACACCACAGACCCGUUGUUACCUCGGGAUCUUUGCAAUGUCAAAGACUGCGAAAAGCCGGAGGAGUUUACAUUCCUCGUUAGAGAGGAUGGAUCAGGUAGACGUAUAUACGUGCUACCCGAGUAUCGUUCAGAGGGUUUACGCUUUUCUCUGAAAGCUUGGGAACCGGAUAAUCCUGAUUCAGUUACGUUCGGCUUUCUAGCCGCUGAUGGAUUAAAAUCACGUUAUGUUCUUAAAAUUGGUUCUGCGAAUAACGAGAAAGUGAUGCUCUACUACGAAUCGGAAACUGAUUCUAUUCAGUUGGUUAGAAGGAAAGCCCUGUCGCAUUUAUUAUACGUGGGAAAAUGGAGCAGCUUCAUAAUUCGAAUACCGCGUGGGCAGCUCUCACUUUUUUAUGAAGAUGAUCCUAUGCCCUUGUUCGAGUGGACGCAUCCUGACCCACCCAACGCUUUCCUACCCAUGUAUUAUUAUUACGGUUCAGACUCAGGAAGAGCUGUUGCCUUCGCGUUCGAUCACGAUUCCAAUUGUCAUAUAGAAAAUACGAAAACCGAUCGGUACACCAGAAUUUUAUCACUGUCAACGUGGAUGGAAAAAGAAGUAUUGCUCCCCGAACAAAUUACAUUUCAACUUCGUGGCCAAGGCGUAUUUUCCGUACCUCUAUACUUGAUGCCCGCAGUCCCUGGGUUUUCUUUGUUAAAAUUUAACAAUCCCCAACGUUUGAUAUGGUUCGCGAAAACUAUGUAUCCCAGCGUUACAGUAUACCAUAAGCAAAAGACACGCGUGCCAUUGUUCACAACGAACUCGUGGACCAACAUCACUAUAAAAUGGUCUGGGAAUGUUAUAGAAAUUUUUUCGAACGGGACGAACGUCUUUCAUUAUCAACACUCGAACCCUUUAGUAUUCUACUUUUUCUCGGUCGGUGUCGAGUCUGGUAAUUGGGUUACAUGGACCGCUAAUUGUAUGCCAACAGACGGACCACCGCUCGAUGGCGGUUGGUCCGAAUGGGGACCCUGGGCAUGCAGCGCGAGCUGCAACGGUGGUACCGGAAUUCGGAAACGACGUUGCGAUUCCCCGAAACCUAAUGUCAAAGGAGAACCUUGCGUAGGACCGAGUACUAUGACUGGACGUUGCAACGAAAUUCUCUGUGGCGAUAUAACCGAAGAUACGAUAAACUUGAUAAACCGAAGAAUUCGAACUAAUCAUACAGCCCUCACUGUGAAGGAACAUCAUUCUGUCACGCUUGAAUCUGAUGCUGAUAUUGUUAAAUUAAUCACGACGGAAUCUCCUCGUUCUGAAUUACAAUGGUCGCUAAACGGAGUCUUUGUGCUGAAGGAACCUGGUAGAUUGGAAUUGAAAGAUUAUAAUAUUGAGAUAACAAGAGCGAUUUUAAACGAUUCCGGAGUGUUUGCAAUGACGCUCCAUCGAAUCGACGGAACCUACUCGAUCAUCAAAGUAAUCAGUCUGGCAGUGAUACCAGCUCGAACAAAUGUACAAGUGCGAGAAACCCUGAGUGCGACUUUACAGUGUCACUGCACGAUUUUGGGUCACGUUUAUUCGGAGCUUCAUAUCUCUUGGCUCUUGCAUAAUAAAAUGUGGAAGGAUUACGGAGUCGCGCUUCCCAUUGCUGCUGACACCGAGCAUAUCCAAAAAAUUAACAGAACUCAUAAUGGAAUGUGGCAGUGCGUCGUUAAACAAACUGAUUUAGGCUUCCAAUGGACAACGAACAUGAUUUCCGUUAGAGAAUAUACUGAACGAGUCUUGUUAGAGGAUCUUAUGAGAACCGGAAAAACCGUUUUGGGAGCUCCGAAUUGGCGUACGCAUUUGAUGGAGGAUCAAGCAACACGUUUCUUCUUCGGUUGGCUGCCAAAUGAAGAUUACGUCGGCGUUUUCGCGAUCUGUUUAUUCUUAAUUCUAGUCGGCGGUAUAAUUAUAGGAUCUUAUCAAUACAUCAGGCUUCGAGAAACCACGAGAGACAUACUCGGUUUAAAAGAUGUAGUUCGAAGUCCAAGAGGCUCGCAGUACGAACCAUUAACGGAUGAUGCGACCACCGAAGAUCAAGGGAUCACUGAAGAUCAAACGACUACUGAAAUCGAAGAUGAAGGAACCACUGAAACCGAGGAUCAAGUGACCACCAAAUAUCAAGAUAAAUCUGCCUUUAAAACGAAAUAUUAA